AAACCUGAGCGCGGAGUGGUAGCAGACCAGGUAAGGGGAAGCUACGGGCAGACCGAUACACGCUCGUCCUCACACGCGAGAGACCGUGCGUGCCCUCCUCGGCCACACCGCGGGGUCAGUCGGGGUCCUGCUCUUAGCCAGGACACUCCGAGAGGGAAGAGUGAGAAUUUCUUCUUCGCACGGACUGGCGUUCAGACAGCUUCUUGCGGUCGAGCUGUCACCUCAUAUACCUAUACCACUACUGGUUCCACUACUUGUAUACAUCGAUAGGCGAUAUACAUCACAGCAGUGCGCUAGUCGCCGUCAAAACAACAAGAAGAAGGCGGAGGAGGAAGUCAGCAGCGGCUGACGUAAAGCGUCUGCCAGGGGAUUUAAAACAUCUCGUGGUUCAUGACUCACUGAGAGAUUGGAGCGAUACUCCAAGUAUCGAGGAGGAGGAGGAGGAUUGGUUCAAGCGGUACCACGAUCGACCUCGAUGAAUCACGUGACUUCCGGAAAGAUCACGAGACUUUGACCGGUCGACCGGUGGUGAAUGGGACCAAUUCCAAGGUUGUCCAAGAGAACACUUUUGAUCUUACGUUCGACGAGCGCCCGGGACCGCGUGCUUCCGCGAAGGUACCUGUGGGAGAAGGGGACGACUUGUGCCGGUGGUUUGUCGUUUACCAAAGAGAUUUGUGUGAUUCGCGCCGAACUGAUCUGGUAGGCACAGUGCGCGGGGAAUAGUGCGCGGCUCCAUGAGCGGCAUACAAUUUUAGCGCCAUCGUUCUCGCAUCGCUACAACACCUGAACGUGAUGUGUGAAGCGGUACCUCGAACUUGGCACAUGAAACCGGAACUUCAUUGCAAUCCCGUGGGAGUUCCGGCGGGCGCCUUGUCACCCCCGGCUACCCUCUCGCCACCCGGCAGCCCGAGCAUAAUCACGCUGCCAUCCUCGCCUUGGAGCCCAGGUGUACCGGGAAGCAGUUCGACCACCAUCGCAUCCACCAAUGCACCUUCGGGCCUUUGUCAACCCGUCCCCGAUCGUUUCAGCGCUUUCACCCUUGUCUCGAAUUACAAUCCCGAUCUGAGACUGCAGGGUUUACCACUCAGCGCUAGUGUUGCCGCGCGAGACAUGCGUUGCGGUCUUAUGUACGGCGGUUAUGGGGCAUCCGGGGGUGCCUGGUGGGCACGUCACAUGGGCCUGCUGCUGCCACAUUCUUUGCUCCCGUCUACGAGACUCUCAUCCCAACAGACGACACCGGUCACGAAUUGCUCACCUAUUCAUUCGGAACCUCUUAGUCCGGCACGUCCCGGAUCACCCCGAAGAUGUACGCCGGAGAAGGCCAAAUUCGAGGAGGAGGUGCCGUUGAACCUCAGCACGAAGCCGAGCGACGUCUCGUCGAGUAUCGGCAACAGGAAAAGUGAAAUCUGGUCGCCGGGUUCGGUGUGCGAGAGGGAGGCCAGGGAAACGAGAGCACCGUCCUCCAGGAGUCCGUCCUCGACCCCUAUAAUUACGCGGCAAAUUCAUCAUUCACCGCUUACACCGCCCUCCUCGACGGAAAGGACUUUUCAAUGUAAGCAGUGUGGUAAAGCCUUCAAACGGUCAAGCACGCUAAGCACUCACCUGCUGAUCCACUCCGACACGAGACCUUAUCCCUGUCAAUAUUGUGGCAAGAGGUUUCACCAAAAGUCAGACAUGAAGAAGCACACCUACAUCCAUACCGGUGAAAAACCGCACAAAUGUGUCGUGUGCGGCAAGGCGUUCUCCCAGAGCAGCAACCUGAUCACGCACAUGCGUAAACACACCGGCUACAAACCGUUUCAGUGCGGUCUCUGCGAGAAAGCGUUCCAGAGGAAGGUCGAUCUGCGUAGGCACCGGGAAGGCCAGCAUCCGGCGGCACCGGCGCUCGAUUAUCGUUCUUUGCAGAUACCACCGCAGCAACAGCAGCAGCAACAGCCAAAUGGCAAUCGGCACUCGCCGAUACCACUGCACUCGGCAUCCUCCGCGGGUUAUCACGUGAUAUCCGUGCCCGGCAGUAGCUGAGACUCGUUCAUCUGACAACUUCGUCCAUGAACGUGCACCAGGCUCUCAAACCGGACAGCUGAGCGGUAGGUAACGUUGGAUCGCGACGCUGCCGCGACUGGUUGGGGGAGGGAGGGCAAUACUGCGAGUAUUGGGAGAUCGGCUGCCGGAAGCGAGAUUUCGUUGGUACUUAAACUCCGACGGAAUUGACUGAACGAAAUAACGCAGCACUCACGUGUAUAUACAUAUAUGUACACUGAGAAAAAAUUUACUAAAAUUUAAAAAAAUGUUCAAAUUUAAUCCUUACGGUACUAUGUUCAAAAUGGUGCCUUAUUCCUACCAUCCUGGGUAUCUCAAAUCUGUUCAUUUCUUCACCUAUUUAAAGUGGUUCUAAAAAACUCUAAAAAUUCGCAAACGUACUUUCAGUUUUCUGGAACAAAUGUUGAAACUUUAAUUUAGAAAAUAUAGUAUAUAUAAUUUAAUAACCGAAGUAAAUAUAAGUUGGAUAAAACUUAAUUGUACGAACAAGAAUUGGUCAAGCAUGAAAUGCUCAGGACACUAAGGAAAGAGUUAAGAAAUGCGUUCAGGAAAAAUUUUUAGUAUAUUUUUCUUAAUUUUAAUAAUCAUGUGUUUGUAUACUGUGAAUACAUUUUUUAAAUUUUAGUACAGUGGAUGUACGCAUGUGUGUGUGUGUGUGUGUGUGUGUGUGUGUGUGUGUGUGUGUGUGUGUGUCUGCAUUAGCGGAUAUAUCGUUGAGAUAGCCACAUCCUUAGAAAGUCGACGUCUUUUACGUGAGCUAAGUUUAAUUAUUGUGUAAGGUUGAAUACAGUGAGAAAGACCGAAUCUUUAUUAUCCAGAAAAGCCUCUGGAAUCAGAGUAGAAAAACAGAUCUCAAUGCUAUGCAUUCUGGACCGUGUUUCAAAAGUGUUUAUAAAAACGUUAGAGUGCUUCUUAUAUCAUUCUUAUAUCUUAUUCUUGUCUAAUGAACGAUAGCGAUAGGAUGAUGAAAAAGCGCGCUAACAACUUUAUAAGCGCGUUCUGAAUGGACUUUUAUAAAAGAAGGCAAUUAUUGGCGCUUCGCGGCGUUUAUCGUAUCAGUGAUGCAUCUAUUCUCUCUCUCUAUUGCGUAUAUGUAUAAUAAAUGUAUAUGCAAUAUAUUAAUAAUUUCUUGAGCAACACGCGAUACAUUUCGACAUGGAAGUAGCAUUGAUGUGCAUUAUAUAUCCGUGCAUUAUAUAUCGGUCGGAACGCGAGUAUAAAUUACAUUAGACGCGAUAUUACUUCCGCAUCGAAUCACUCCUUUCAUUUUAUCGGCCUAAUUCAAGCGCAAACUUUAUAUGGCCGUAGCUCUAAUAAUGUAUUGCUGUUAUUGACGUCUUGGAAUGUCUCGGAAUAUCCGUGAAAGUGUAACGCGAGAAGUAGAAUACGGGUAUCUCGAACGGAACGAAAGAAAAAAACCGACGAGACGUGUCACGAAAGUGACAUAGGUCGGUCUUAUCUCAAACGAUAAAUACACACAGCCGUGAUUGCACGCGUGAUUGCACGAUACAGAUUCGAGGCGCGCCGUAAUUCAAGGAUUGUCAGUCGACGCCGAAGCUCGCUGUCUCCCCGCGAGCCGAUCUCGCUUGUGCUCAGGUGAGAAACGGAAUUGUAAAUAUUUUUCGUUGAAAUCACCACACCGCGAUAACUCUUCUUCGAAGGCAUAAUUAUGGAGUGUGAAGCACGUAAUCGAACGCGAAGUAUUUACAUAAAUCAGUUAACGUGUGUUUAAAAUCCAACCAGUGCCUUGAUAUUUCUGUAUCACUCGGUAUAUUUCUGACGUAAUUAGAAUUAUUAUAUAAGCUC